GUUGCGUUCUUCAUAUUCAAUCUCUUGUUUUUGGUUUUGCUUCGUAGAAAUUAUUGACAGAAACUUUGUGACAAAUUUGAUUUUUUUUCUAUUUUUGAGCCGAUUCUUCCAUAUGAAUUAUUCAUUUUAUUUUAUGAAUGACGAUAUUUGCUUGCGAAUCAAAGUCUCCUCUGUUGUUCACAUAUAAAAAAAAACACAUUGACACUUCGGCAAAGAAAUUUGCACGUGUGAUAGAACGAUGAUGGUUCUGUGUGCAAUGUAAAUAUUGCACUGCAGUUUUGACUUCAUAUCUAAUACCAAUUUUUGAAUCGAGUCAUGCGUUGGCCGGUUGAUUUUACAAUUUGUUCAGAAUUUACCGAAAUGGACAUUGGAUUUUUUUGGUGGUUGAAAAUACAACCCGGAAAAUAAGAAAGGCGAAAAGGAAAGACAAAAACAUGAGAUAAUAUCAUCUAUUUUUUUUUUGCUCAUUUUGCGCAGAUGAGCGUUAUUGCGUACCAUAUUUAAAUUUGACUCGCACGUGAACUGCAACACACCAACUUUAUGUUUGCUGUUUUUCUGUUUCAUAUUGCAGUAUUCGUGCUCAUCCGUCGCGAAUGUGUUUAUAGAUUGAAAUGAGCAUAUUCCGUUUUGUUCUCGAAUUGAACGUGUGCUUGGUGCGUGAGAAAUUGAUUUUUUUCCUUCAAUCGGCGGGCAGCGAUAAAACGGUGAGAAUUUAAUUCAACGUUAAAUUUCCGGUGGUUAAUCGCGCGCGCAACACACCUUGGAUUUUUCUCACAUAAAUUGUGCUGAUAUCAGAUUAUUUGAAACUUAUACCUGUGAUCUUGAAUAUAGCCGAUCGAUCGAUCGGUCGUUCGUUUCUUCAAAACAUUUCAAUACAAACCGAACUGCAUUAUUCAGCGCCGUCAGCCAAGUUAUCGACCGGUUCCAAUUAUGAUUUCGGCAUUUUCAUGAUAAUAAUCCGCAAAAAACGUGACAAUCAAUCAAACAAAAAACUAAGGCAUUAAAUAACACUAGACGAAUCAACUCGACGAUAUUUUUAGGAAAUGGAUUUUUUCAUAGCGGGAACAGCGGCCACUUGUGCUGGUUUUUUCAGCAAUCCAUUCGAUGUGAUAAAAACGAGACAACAGCUGCAAGGUGAACUACAGAAAGAAGUAAAAGCAAAAAAUCAACUCUACCGAUCCGGAUUCACAGCGAUCAAGACAAUCAUCAAGUCCGAAGGAAUCACCGGGCUUCAGAAAGGCCUAGCACCGGCGCUUGCGUUUCAAUUCGUGAUGAACAGUACACGGCUUGGUAUGUACGAGACGGUCGAUAAAUUGAAUUGGACACGUUUCAGUGCUUCGUCACAUCAUUCAACGGUGCUGUGCGUGUUUUGGGGUGGUGUAUGCGGUGUUGUGGGCUCGGCAAUCGGUUGUCCAUUGUACAUGGUGAAAACACAGUUGCAAGCACAGUCAUCGCAGGGUCAAUUUGCCGUCGGCACACAGCAUGGCCACACUGGGAUGUUGAACGCACUAACCAACAUAUAUCGACAUCAAGGGAUACGUGGACUUUGGCGUGGUUUUGAAGGCAUUGUCUCACGGACUGCCGUCGGCUCGGCCAUUCAAUUGACUUCAUUCACAAUUUCCAAAGAUUACCUAAAUAAAAUUGAAACAUUUAAGCAUUCAACUUUUCUAACACCACUGGCAGCGAGCUUGAUAAGUGGCAUAUUUUUAAGUAUCGGAAUGACUCCAUUUGAUGUCGUAGCAACGCGACUCUUCAAUCAAGGAGUGGACCAAAAUGGCAAAGGUGUAUUGUAUCGAAACAUUUUCGAUUGCUUUGUCAAAACGUAUUCAAUCGAAGGCAUUCAUGGUCUCUAUAAGGGAUUCAUCGCAAACUACUGCCGAUGUGCACCACACACUAUUCUAUCGCUCACAUUCUGGGAUCUAUUUAAAAAAUGGGAAAACGUUUAUCUCUCCGAUGAUUCAUUUGAAUAUAAUAACACGAACUAAUUCAAUUUCAUUUGCCACCCGAUAAAAGAAAAUCUCCUAUUAUACUCGUUGCAUGUGAAUCUUGUUCAGAACAAAACAUCUAAUAGAUCUAACACAUUUUAUCGAUUUAUUGUUGUCGAUUUUUCGUGCUGUUUUUGAUAUUGCUAUGUCAAUAUAUAGACCCUAAUAAAGAAAUUUUUCGACACUAAAUUAAA